GAGAAAUCUCGUCUCCUGGAUAUUCCACGUGAAUACCACAGCUGUCGGCCCAUCAUUUUCCCUGUUCUAGUCUCAGCCGGGGAUGGUUCCAAGUUCCGGAUCCGCCGAAAGUCCUUCUAUCACGAGGAGCUCAAGGUCUGGAGCUGAAGUUGUGAGCGGCGAGUGGUGUCCCCUGCUUGGUUCCCGUGUGGCACGGAGCAUGUAAUAUGCCCACCUACCCUGAAGACGAAGAGCAGCUGGCAGAGAGCCAUUCCCCCGCCAGCCCCACCGGCCAAGGUUCUCCUGUGGAAGGGACAACCUGCAAUGCACCUUCUAUUGUCCUCCCAGAGAAUGCUGUUACGCCAGAUGUAGAAAUUGAUAAAAAUCUAGUUAACAGGGUUCAUAGUCCCCACCGGAGGCUUUCCCAUCGGCACCUGAGGACGUCCGUGGCUUCUCCGACUUCUAUUGAUAAGGCGGGCCGCAUCAUCGAUCUGGUGUACGACCUGCUGCCUGAUGUGAAGAUCUCCGAGGAGGAUAAGAAGAGGAACCUCCAGCUGCUGGAAGAGGCGAAGAAAGUGAGCGAGAGGUUCCUGACGCGGAGGGGGAGGAAAUCGAGGAGCACCCUUUCCGACUCCCCCUCAGCUGCAUCUCCCAAUCCCAGCCCUAAAGCCUCCCCGACAUCCUCGCGGAGCAGCUCCCUGACACUCUCACCCCAGCCCGGAGCUGAGGCAGGCACUGCCCCGCCCUCCGGGCCCACAGUCCCGUUGCAGAAUGCCAGCAAAGGGCUGACGGACCGGAAGCAGAAUGAUCAGAGGAAGGUGUCUCCGGGAAGGUUGUCUCCCCGUCCCCUUAGUUUGGAAAAGUCCCAAGAGACGCUCUCCGAACACAAGGAGAAUUUUGAUCCCCGCCAGCCCACAGAGAACCCACCCAAGGGCUCCGCUUCUGGGGGCGACGGUGGGAAGAUGUCACUGAACAGCCCCCCGGGCGGUGGGGAGAGUGAGUUGGGAAAGCCAUUGCUCAAGAAGCCAAAGGAAAGUGAGUUGCCCUUGAGAAGCUCCCCUCAGGGGCCGGGUCCCUUAAGUGCCCGAGGGAGCGGCUCAGGCCCGGAACAGGCAGACCCCAGGGUCGCCCCUAAAGUCGACCUGAAAAUCUCCACGCCACUGAGGCCCCCCCUGCUCCGUGGCGUGCCCUGGGAUGGAGGACCAGGAGAACCGGGCACGAGGGAAAAGGGCGUGCCCAGGCCGCUGGCUUCUGAAGAGGAGAAACGCUCGCCCCCAACUCCCAAAUCCAGCAACAAGCUGCUGCGAUCCCCGGGAUUCAAGGACUUUCAAAUUCAAGUUCAACCGGUUCGGAUGCAAAAACUGUCCAAGCUGCGAGAGGAGCAUAUAAUGAUGAGAAACCAAAACCUAGUUGGACUUAAACUUCCAGAACUUAGUGAAGCAGCAGAACAAGAAAAAGGUCCUGCUUCUGGGCUGCCUCCAGCCACGGAAGAAGACGAGACCAAGAACGGCUCAGAGGUGAUGCCCAACAUCUCAGACGUGCUGCUACGGAAACUGCGUGUUCACAAGUCUCUUCCCGGAAGUGCCCCUCCGCUUACAGAAAAGGAAGUCGAGAAUGUGUUUGUACAACUCUCCUUGGCCUUUAGAAACGACAGCUACACGCUGGAAUCGAGAAUUAGCCUGGCAGAGCGGGAGAGAAAUCUCACGGAAGAGAACACGGAGAAGGAAUUGGACAACUUCAAGGCCUCCAUCACGUGCUCGACUUCUGCGGGGCAACAGUGCGAAGCGAGAGAAGGCUGCCAGAAGCUGCUGGAGGACAUCGCUGUGCUGCACCGCCUGGCCGCCCGCCUCUCCAGCCGGGCCGAGGUGGUGGGCGCCGUGCGCCAGGAAAAACGCAUGUCGAAGGCCACGGAAGUCAUGAUGCAGUAUGUGGAGAAUCUGAAGAGAACAUAUGAGAAAGACCACGCGGAGCUGAUGGAGUUUAAGAAACUUGCCAACCAGAAUUCAAGCAGGAGCUACAGUCCGUCUGAGGAUGGAACCCCUCGCACCUCCAGGUCCAUGUCGCUCACCCUGGGAAAGAACAUGCCUCGUCGGAGGGUCAGCGUCGCCGUGGUGCCCAAGUUCAAUGCUUUGAAUGCCCCCGGCCAGCCUCCCGGUACGUCGCCUCUGCCAACACUCCCCGCCACGGCCGAGUCUCCAAAUGGAAAAAGUGUUCCAGUGUCCAGCCCGGCCCUGCCAGCCCUCCUGGAGAAUGGGAGAUCCAACGGGGACCAGGACUGUUAUUUCCCAGCGCCCGCGCUGGCCCAGAGUUGCGUGGAGGAGAUCAGCCCCGAGACGAAGGCCAAGAUAGAGGAAGAGGCCUUCAACAAAGGGUAUCAGGAAGGCCUGAAGAAAACCAAAGAACUUCAAGAACUCAAGGGAGAAGAGGAAGAAAAGAAGAACGAAGGUCCCGAUGAGCCCGAAGAGUCUGAAAUCGAGGAAGAGCAAAAAGAUCUGAAAAACAGCAAACUUGAAGAAUUCCUGACUUCCCUGCAAAUACUGUACCCCAAACUGUGCGAGCACUGGAAUGUGGUUCGGAUCGUGGCAGCGGCGCUCCUGGUUUUGGCAGUGGGGUUGAGUCUCUACAAUUCCUCCGGCCCCUGUGGGGGACCGUCGGACACCCCGCCGGGGAAGGCCACCUGCUCUGCCGCCCAGCCUCACCCUUGGUGGAAGUCAGGGCUCCAGCACAAGCAGGGCACGGAGCAAUAGUCGGACCCUCGCCCCGCGGCCCCCUCCCCGUGCCCCGGCUCGACGCGGCGGCCCACCCCUCACUUCCUCCGGA